CAACAAGUAGAAGCUGUCGGUUUAACAGCAGCCGCCACAAUCACAGGAGAACUCUGUUUUAUACAAACAGUGACUGGUUUUUACUGGUGGAUUAUGUAAAAUUAAUAUAUUUACCGGUGCUGUUGUUGUUAUUAUGACGAAUAAAACUAAGCUAAAGUUUUGGAAAAGGCUCAAACACCAAACCACGUCAACUUCUCUGUCGUGGCACCUACAGGAGUCUCUCUCUGGCCACAAAGGAACCGAGAAAGACCUAAAAUAUCAGGCUUUUGUACAAAAUGGACACAGACGUCUGCCCUGCUGAUCAGCCCACCUCUGCGCCCUCAGACACCCAGUUGUCUGACUCUGUCCCUGUUAAUGAAGUCUCUGGGGUUGAGGUAAUCAAACGGACUGUAGCAGCUCUGCCAGGUUCAGAGGUGGAGGAUCUGGAUUCCUACAACCUGAUUGAGCCUCCUCCAUUAGACUGGAGGUCUGACUCCUCCAGUGAGCCAGGCUCCGCAGAUGACCUGGAUGACCCCGGCUUCCCUCCUUCUCUUGACAACAUGGACAAGGCCAGUCCAGGUGAGCCAGUAUUAAUGCCUUUGGACGUGAGUGACACAGUGGCUCAACUCAACAUAAACCAGCAGGAGCUGGUGCAAAAUAAUUCAGAGCCGGUCCAGAAUACAGAAGUAGAGGUGGAGGAAGGGGAUGAAGCAGUUGAUGAGGAUGAAGGGGUGAGGGUGGAGGAUUUGGAGGGUGCGGAAGACCGGGAGGAGGUAACAUUUAGGGACGUGGAAAAUAUAGUUACUGCAGAGGAAGUUGCUAACAGAAGAUCAGGUGAUGAAGACCACAGCCGCAUUCACACCCUGCUCAGCCAGCUCCAGCUGAUGGGUGAAGAGCCUCAUCCCAGUCAUCGGACACCACCUCACCAUCACUACUCCAGCCUGUCAGAGCUAGAAGACUGUGCUCCCUCCUUAAUAACAGAUGACAGCACUGAAACCACUGGGUUGCUGUUCUCUGAAAGCCACCAGAGAGACCUGCUGGGGCUGCUGCAGUGCACAGAGAUCGGUGCUACUCCCUGUCCCACCUCUCUGCCCCAUAGAGGGGAGGUAGAUGCUGUAGUGUCAGUUUCCUACAGUCAGGAGGACGCUCAGAGGUUCUGGGGGCAUUAUGGGAAUGGUCAACAUCAGCGGCACAGGGACGACUCCCUCACCUCCCUGCCUGACGAAGAGUAUCCUGAACCAGUGUGGAUGAAACUGGGCGAGGAGCCUCCAGACCAAGAAGCUGCUGCAGAGAGUGAGCAGAGCGCUGAUGACCAUCCUUCAUAUAAAAAUGUGCCUGGUCCUUGUGACCCUGAAGACCUGUUGGAUGGGGUAAUAUUUGGUGCCAAGUAUCUGGGCUCCACUCAGAUCAAAUCAGACAGGAACCCGUCUACGAACGCUCGUAUGGCUCAGGCUCAGGAAGCUGUGGACCGAAUAAAGGCUCCAGAGGGUGAGUCUCAGCCAAUGACAGAAGUGGAUUUGUUCAUCUCCACGCAGAGAAUCAAAGUGCUGACUGCUGACUCACAGGAAGCAAUGAUGGAUCACGCUCUGCAGAUGAUCUCUUACAUUGCCGACAUUGGUGAGAUCGUGGUCCUCAUGGCACGAAGGAAGCGUAAAGGGCAGGAUGGUGACCCGCCCUCCAGCUCUUCCUCGUCAUCAUCGUCGGGGCCUCAGAAGAAGUGCUUAAUGAUCUGCCAUGUGUUCACUUCUGAGGAUGCUCAGGUCAUAGCCCAGGCUAUUGGUCAGGCAUUCGGAGUGGCCUAUCAGCAGUUCCUGCAGGCCAGUGGCAUCAAAGCCAGUGAUCUGAGGCCCGGCGAGUACAGUGACUACCUGGAAAGUCAGGAGCUCUACAAUGGAGACUUGGCCCACUUCUCUGACUCUCAAAACCUCAGAGAUGUAGUCAUCACAAAGGCUCCUGGAGAGAUCCUGGGGCUGGCAGUGGUGGAGUCAGGGUGGGGCUCUAUCCUGCCCACUGUGGUGGUGGCCAACCUCCUUCACGGAGGUCCAGCUGAGCGCUGCGGCGAGCUCAGCAUCGGUGACCGCAUCAUGUCUGUGAACGGCACCAGCCUGGUGGGUCUUCCCAUCACCACCUGCCAGAAUAUCAUCCGGGACCUGAAAAGCCAAAAGUAUGUGAAGCUGAGUAUCGUCCACUGUCCUCCGGUCACCAUGGCGAUUAUCAGGAGGCCAGAUCCCAAGUUUCAGUUGGGCUUCAGUGUGGAAGACGGCAUUAUCUGCAGUCUGAUGCGGGGUGGUAUAGCAGAGAGAGGAGGCAUCCGUGUCGGGCACCGCAUCAUUGAAAUCAACGGGCAGAGUGUUGUUGCCACUCCACACGACAAGAUCAUCCAGAGCCUGACAAAUGCAGUCGGAGAGAUUCACUUGAAGACGAUGCCAGCUUCAACAUAUCGGCUCUUAACAGGACAGGAGCAGCCAGUGUUUCUUUGAACACUUCUACUGCACAGUGUUCAAACUACAUGAACUUUUGCCAAACUCAGAAAAUAUUAUGCAAUUGAUCGUACGGCAUAUCAUAAGCUGUUGUCGCACCACUGAAUACAACAAUCUAGUCUAGCUAUAUAUUUUUAAGGAGUCCAUUUGAAUAUUGUAAAAACAUAUUUUAAAGUGACAGGGAUAGACAUUAGCUCGCAAUUUAUAUUUAUCAGAUAUUUAACAAUGCAGGCAAUAGCUGAGAUGCAAUAAUGCAUAAGCGCAAUAUUUUUUGAUUACACUUAACUUACAUGGUGGUGAACAAUAUUGAGUACUCAUAUGAGUCUUCCAGCCUGGUGUGUCUUAGGUAAACGUGCUUGCAGGGGAAACUUUAUUGAAUCAGCACAGAGGGUCUGUUUAUUUCAUGGACUCCCGGUCCUCCACAUACAUGUGCAUAUCAACAAGUGUCUGUCACAAGCUUCAGAGAAGGCUACGGAGUGCAGCACUGUAGUUCAUUCAUUCAAGGCUUCCCUUAUUGUGCCUGACAGGAAGCAGAUAUCAUGCAAAGUUGAAGGUAACUGCCUUAUUUGAUAGAGAGAUGCUUAUAUUUUUAAGAAUCUGCUAUUUUGGUUGUUCAUUAAAAUGAUCUGUAAGAUGUC